GCUGUUUCUGAAACUUAUUCAAUAGUCUUGGUGAGGUGGUAGCCCUUACAAGGUAUUUCAGAACUUGUAUGUGAUAUCGCUUCUUAACUGACUACGUGCAGUAGUUGCAUCAGGGGCACCAAGAUUAAGUACUUUUGAUGUAUGACUUGGGAGAUGGCAUUUUGUUCAUAAUUUUCUACUAGGAUUUUCAUGUUUUUCUUUGUUCAUACCUUCCGGGAGAGGAGAAGAGUGAAGUGCAGCAGGGACCAACAGCGGAUCAAGCCGGAUCAAAGGAAGACGCAGUAGGACGCAAGCGCAAUGCCGUGGAUGAAACCGGAGACGAAAACCAUGAGGAACAAGAAGAAACAGAACAGCAGUCUAAGAAAGCUAGAAGGGAGUUUCUUUUUCUGGAUUUGGGGACGCUCUGACAGGAACGUAUUAUUCGACAUGAAGACCUGCUGAAGCUGAUUGACUAACAACGAACUUGGAAAGUAGCUACUUGCGGCGAUGGUUGCAUCAUGCUCAUGUUCUUGUCAUUGUCAUAUCUGAUGCAAGGCCUUAGUACGUUGUACUUGCUCCUUUCAACAAUGGCAUCUACAACUUGAAGUCAAGUUAGAGCGACAGCGAGCGUUGUACAGGAACUUGCUGGGCACAUGGAUCAUUAUGUUGAAGUCAACUGUAAGCGUAACUCAAGCUGUGUGACGAAAAAGACGUGCAGGCAUUGCAUAAGGUGAAGAGAUCUGGAGAUAGCCUCCAAUAAUGAAGGGGAUUUAUUUGCCAUCAGGUCGCUUCUAUAGCACGAGCACGCGACUUAUCUCACCUGCUACAAGCAGCAGGUGGGUAGAUGGAGACGAACUUGCACCCAGAAAAAUCGCUGAGGCACUGUCACGUAGCUUCACGACAGCUAGCGGCGUGACGCCAACCACUUCGUUCGACAAAUGUACUACAAGCCCUACCUCUAGCACUACCCGGAGCAUACUCUUGAUAUCAACAUCAAUUUUUGAAAAAAAAAGAUGUUGUACAGGACGACGAAGAGAAACAACAACAGUUUUCAUAAACAUCAACAGGGACGAUUGUUGUAGACAGUUCUCUUCAACCACGUCAAGAAGAAAGAAUAACUUUCAGGCCAUAGACCAUGUUGCGAUGGGGGUGGAAGAUCUUGACAGGGCGGUUUGCUGGUACAGAGAGAUGCUCGACUUCACUCUUUUCCGACCACGAGACCCCAUGUUUCACGAAGAAAAAGUCAUCCGGAUGAUCGCGCAUAGGCAGAAUCCAUCCAUGAAAAUCGCGCUUCUGCAAUUACCAGAGGAUAUCGUCGAAAUGAAGAAGCAACAGAUCAUGCUCAUCUCCUCAAUUCCAUCACCGGAAGCGAGUGCAAGCUCAAGCAGACCAUGUCAAGGGCACGAUCGACUUCUACGUCUUUUGACGGAUCGCACGUUCCGUGGCCAUUUUUCUUUAUCAGUCUCCACUCGCUCAGAGUUUCAAGAAUUUUGUGAUAGUCUGAGUGAAAAUCUAAGAAGAUGUGGUGGAGUCACAGAGGACGAGCUGUGGACAGAAAAUCAGGAUUACGGUGUACAAAAGAGCAUCUUUUUCCACGACUUAGAUUUGAAUGAAUUGGAAGUUUCAUACUGGUUGGCCGAACACGAAAUUGCUAUUGCACAGAACAAGUAAAGAUUUAGUUGAAAGAGCAAGGCCCUAAAUAACCAAAAGACGAGAGAAAGAUUAAUUUCGUUCCGUUUGAGGAAAUAUACGGUUGGAUGUUAU